CUGUGGGAGACCAGAUAUAGUGAAUGCAGGGUCCGGGGGAGACCGGAUAUAGUGAAUGCAGGGUCCGGGGGAGACCGGAUAUAGUGAAUGCAGGGUCCGGGGGAGACCAGAUAUAGUGAAUGCAGGGUCCAGGGGAGACCAGAUAUAGUGAAUGCAGGCUCCGGGGAGACCGGAUAUAGUGAAUGCAGGAGUCUGGGGAGACCAGAUAUAGUGAAUGCAGGGUCCGGGGAGACCAGAUAUAGUGAAUGCAGGGUCCGGGGAGACCAGAUAUAGUGAAUGCAGGGUCCGGGGAGACCGGAUAUAGUGAAUGCAGGGUCCAGGGAGACCAGAUAUAGUGAAUGCAGGCUCCGGGGAGAGCGGAUAUAGUGAAUGCAGGGUCCGGGGAGACCAGAUAUAGUGAAUGCAGGGUCCAG